AGCAGUAGCAGCGGCGGCGGCGGCGGCGGCGGCGGCGGCGUGACCAUGAGGUCAGAGGCCUUGUUACUCUACUUCACGCUACUACACAUAGCCGGGGCGGGCUUCCCCGAGGACAGCGAGCCUAUCAGCAUCUCACACGGCAACUACACCAAGCAGUACCCGGCGUUUGUAGGCCACAAACCGGGCAGGAACAACACGCAGCGGCACAAACUGGACAUCCAGCUCAUCAUGAUCAUGAACAGGACGUUGUACAUCGCUGCCAGGGAUCACAUAUACACGGUGGACACGGACACUGCCAACAGUGACGAGAUCUUUUUCAGUAAGAAAAUGACAUGGAAGUCCAGACAGGCAGAUGUGGACACUUGCAGAAUGAAAGGGAAGCAUAAGGACGAGUGUCACAACUUCAUCAAAGUCGUCCUGCAGCAAAAUGAAGACACCUUGUUUGUGUGUGGGACAAAUGCCUUCAACCCCUCCUGUCGGACCUACAAGAUGGACACCCUGGAGGCUCUGGGGGAGGAGAUCAGUGGGAUGGCGCGCUGCCCUUAUGACGCCAAGCACGCCAACGUCGCCCUCUUUGCUGAUGGCAGGCUGUACUCGGCCACCGUGACAGACUUCCUAGCGAUCGAUGCGGUCAUCUAUCGUAGCCUAGGAGACAGCCCGACUCUGCGCACUGUCAAGCACGACUCCAAGUGGCUGAAAGAGCCCUACUUUGUCCAGGCAGUCGAUUACGGGGACUUCAUCUACUUCUUCUUUCGGGAAAUUGCUAUGGAGUACAACACAAUGGGGAAGGUUUUGUUUCCUCGGGUGGCCAGGGUCUGUAAGAACGACCGGGGCGGCUCGCCCCGCGUCCUGGAGAAGCAGUGGACCUCGUUUCUCAAGUCUCGCCUGAACUGCUCCAUCCCCGGCGACUCCCACUUCUACUUCAACAUCCUGCAGGCCGUGACAGAUGUCAUCCACGUCAACGGGAGGGACGUUGUGAUGGCGACCUUCUCCACGCCUUACAACAGUAUUCCAGGGUCGGCGGUGUGCGCCUAUGACAUGGCGGAGGUGGCCAACACAUUCACGGGGCGUUUCAAAGAGCAGAAAUCCCAAGACUCCACCUGGACGCCUUUUCCUGAAGACAGGGUUCCCAAGCCAAGGCCUGGCAACUGCGCCGGCAUCCCAUCCAUGGAGAGGUACAAGGUAUCCAAUGAGUUCCCAGACGACACGCUCAACUUCAUCAAGAUGCACCCACUGAUGGACGAGGCGGUGCCCUCCAUCGCCAACAGGCCCUGGUUCCUCAAGACCAUGGUCCGGUAUCGCCUGACCCGUAUCGUGGUGGACACUGAAGCGGGGCCCCACAGGAACCAGACGGUGGUGUUCCUGGGAUCGGAGAAAGGCAUCGUCGUCAAGUUCCUGGCCAACAUGGACAGCGGCUUCCUAAACGACAGCGUGUUUCUGGAGGAGCUCAACGUCUACAACCCGGACAAGUGCAGCAUAGACGGCGUGGAGGACAAGCGCAUCGUCGGCAUGCAGAUCGACAGCAAGAGUCACGCUUUGUGGGUCGCUUUCACCUCCUGCGUGGUUAAAGUGCCGCUGUCUCGCUGUGAAAGGCACGGGAGAUGCAAGAAGUCUUGUAUAGCCGCCAGAGACCCGUACUGUGGUUGGGUGUCAGAAGGAGCCUGCAAACAGGUGUUUGAUGACACAAAAUCAGCCUUUGAGCAGGACGUGGAGCAUGGUAACACAGAUGGCCUGGGAGACUGCCAAAACACCUUUGUGGCGCUGAACGACGUUCCCUCCAGUUACGAAGGCCACCAUCACCGCCACCAUCACCGCACCCUCUCCCUCCCCACCUCGGCCCUGCCCGAGGCCGCCGAGGUCCCCCUGGGGCGGGGCCGCAUGGUGGAGCGGAAGGACCCCCCCAUGAGCUCAGACAAAGGGGAGGACCCCUACGUAGCCGUGCCCUCUCAGACCCAGCCCGAAGCCAAUGGUGUGAUCCGUGAGAGCUACCAGAAGGGUCGUGACCAGCUGGUUCCCGUGACCUUGCUGGCCAUCGCCGUCAUCCUCGCCUUUGCCAUGGGCGCCAUCUUCUCUGGCAUCGUUGUCUACUGCGUCUGCGACCACCGGCGGCGAGACGUAGACCUGACGGGCCGCAAGGAAAAGGACAACCACCACCUCCACCCCCGCCGGGGUUCCAUGAACAGCGUGACCAAGCUGACGGGCCUGUUUGAGACUCAGGCCAAAGACGGACGCCCCGAGGCGAUCCUCACCCCUCUGAUGCACAACGGGAGGCUGACGCCGAACGGGAAGAUGCUGAUAAAAGCAGACCAGCACCACCUGGACCUCGCUGCUCUGCCGACGCCCGAGUCCACCCCGAUGCAGCCACGGCGUAAACCCAGCCGGGGCAGCCGGGAGUGGGAGAGGAACCAGAACCUCAUCAACGCUUGCACCAAGGACAUGCCACCAAUGGGCUCGCCCGUCAUCUCCAUGGACCUGCCCCUGAGGGCCUCGCCGGGCCACAUCCCCAGCGUGGUGGUCCUGCCUCUGCCGCAGCACCAGCACCAGCUCCAGCCUCACCUGCAGCAGCAUCAGCAGUCCUACCAGCACGAGUACGUGGAGCAGCCCCACCACAGCGACCUGGGCAUGGGUCACGGCGUCAUGGACGACCAGGGAGCCACCCUGGAGUACAAGACGGUCAAGGGCCCCUGUCACAACCUCAACAUGGUGGACCCAGACGGGGUGCUGCCGCCGCGCGUGCCCCAACGAGAGGCCUCGCUCACCAUCCCGCCGGCCGUCCCACAGAUGGGCAAGCGCCUGGAGGUCCACUCGUCAGUCUACGGGCUCCGGAAGGGAUCGGCGUCAGGAGCGUCCGGAUCCUCCGGAUCCUCCGCCCUCAAGAGGCACAACACCAACUCAUCUAACUCCUCCCAUUUGGCGAGGCAUCAAAGCUUCAACCGUGUGGAGACGCCGCCCCCUGCGCCUCAGAGGGUGGACUCCAUACAAAUGACAGCACAGGGCAUAUCUCUGUCACGGCAGCCUGGAAUGAGCUCCUACGGGUCCCUGCCUCGAACAGGCAUCAAAUAUCUCAAGCCCGACGUCCCCCCCAAACCCUCCGUAGUCUCACUCUCCACAAAAGUCAAGUCCAGUGACUCCUGCACAUAGUCAGCUAC